AUGCCGAAUAAUGACAAGGAGGAUGGAAAAGGCUAUUUCCACUCAGAAGAAGACAAUGUGAUUACGUCUCUCGCUUACAUGCCUCUAUCACCGUGGUUUCUUCGGGUGCUGUGGUACCUUUCCCAAGCCCUAGGACGUAUCCCAGAACAAGUACUUGGUCGUUCGGACAAUAAUCUAACAUUGUGUGCCGAAAAUGACAAUGGUGGCAGCGUUCUGACAUUUAAGGCUGCCACCGUUCAUCCGCCCUCUCCACGUCUGUCCAGUGUCGACAUGCAGUAUGCUUUCCACUACGGCGGGGACCUUGGAGAGGAGCCCCAUCGGAUCGCAACUCCUCCUGCCGACUUCGACCCUACCACCUCCGCCCUCUCCCCAGGACAGAGCCAUACCAUCGCGUACCGAUUCAUCAGCUCCACGAAUUACCUCAUCAUCUACAAGACGAUGUUCGAAUACACGAAGGAUCCCGGAGAGAUGAGGAUCUGGCAGCUGGAGAACGACGAGUGGGCGGACUGUACAGAGGACGAGGGCUCGGGGUCUGUCAGCCUAAGGUGCCUAGGGUGCUCGACGUCCGUGGCAUUUGACGCGUGGGAGGCGCAUCGGGACGCGUGUCUGGGCAUCGAGGAUAAGAUGCUGCGCGCGGUGAUGGCGGAUAUGUUGAACGAGGAGGAGUCUGAGGGGAACCGUAAACGUUGUUCGACGAUAAGGUCCGUGCGCGAGUCGGUUCUGCUGGAUGCUGGUUAUCUUGAGGGUCAGCGUGAUGAACGGGGUGAGGCGCGUAAGCGCAAGAGCUUGGGGAUGCGGUUGUGUUCGGGCCUGCAUUUUAUUGGGCUCAAGCAUUCGAAGGAAUGA